AUGAGUGCAUGUAAGCCCUACGACGAUUAUGCCUGGGCAAUAAGCUCCCAGAUCUGGGAGGACUGGCCAAAACUUCUUCGCACUGAUGGGGACUUCUACAAUGACAUUGGAGCCAUUCUUUGUGAAGAAUUUAGCGAUCUUGAAUGUGCCCUGUUCGAUUUCCUCAACACAGGCGGUUUCAACACCUGCUUCAAGAUGGAUUUCACCAAUGAUUCCGGCGCUAUUAUACGAUUCCCACUGCCCGGCGCUAUCAUGUUUCCUGAAGAAAAAGUCCGGAAUGAAGUCUCCAUCAUGCAAUUUCUCUCAGAAAAAACUUCAGACAAAAUCCCAAUCCCGGUGCCUUCUAUCUUUCGCUGGACAAAGACAAAGGAGAGUCCCUCAGAACUGGGUCCUUUUAUCAUCAUGAACUAUAUCCCCCACGAGGGAAGUAUGGGUGAUCUUCUUGAGACGCCAGGACGCCAACCAGGACAACGUCCAGUACUUAAUCCGGAGCUCAAUCCGAUGAGACUAGAAGCGCUAUAUGGAAAACUAGCCAACAUCAUUCUCUCGCUGUCUACACUUUCUUUUGGCCGGAUAGGAUCCCUUUACAAGAAUGCCGAUUCUACGUGGGAAGUGUUACAUCGGCCUCUGUCUUACUCUAUGAACGAAAUUGUGCAAUUGGGGACGUUACCCCGAUCGAAGCUACCGAUCACCACGUACGAUAAGGCGUCGUCGUACUUUGAAGCCCUCGCUGAGCUCCACAUUUCACACCUCAGAAGCCAAAGGAAUGAAGCGGAUAUCGAAGAGGACGUCACGACGGAUGUCUUGGCGGAUGAAUUUCGGCGCAAAUUCGUGGCUAGGUUUCUCUUCCGCAAAAUUGCUCGAGAUCAGGAGCAGAGAAAGCAAUGGAUAUUACAUGAUGAUGGCCCAUUUCCUGUUUGGUGUGACGACUUUCGACCAGAAAAUGUUCUAGUUGAUGAACCUGAAAGCAUCGUCGGAGUGGUGGAUUGGGAGUUUACGUAUACCGCCCCAGCCGAAUUUACUCAUGCGCCACCUUGGUGGCUUCUUCUCAAAAAGCCAGAAGAUUGGCCUGAAGGCCUUGAUGAGUGGUCCAUGGAAUAUGAGAAACCGCUUCAGACCUUUCUUGAGGCAAUGCGGAAAGCCGAAGACGAGGCAAUCCAAAACAAACGGCUACUAGAAGGCCAGCGGCUAUCUAGUCGUAUGCGUGACAGUUGGCAGAGCGGAGACUUUUGGAUCAUGUACGCCGCAAGGAAUAAUUUUGCUUUCGACACGAUAUAUUGGCAAAAGAUCGAUCAGCGAUUCUUCGGAAGCACAUGUGAAUACGAGAAUAUCUGCGAUGUAUGGCGGAAGAGACUCCAUCUCUUAGAACCAGAAGAGAUAGAGCUCAUGGAAGAAUAUGUGGAUCUGAAGGUCAAAGAGAGGGACAUAAUUUUCGCUUGGGACCCGGAUGAGGAGAUACAAGACAUGAAGGAGAUGAAGAGGAGGAAGGCCGCGGAGUGGGAAGAGGAGAUCGAGAGGAUGAUGAAGAUGGAGAAGAAGGAGGAAAUCGAAUCGCUUCUUUAG